AUGGCCACCACGAGCGCGGAGACUCCUGCGCAGCCAGAGACGCAACAGACGGCAGAUCUUACGGUGUCGCUGCCUCUGCAAGACGCCGGAGCAGACGCCGACCAAGUUGCAAGCGCGGAGGUGGCUUCGGAGACGCAGGAGACGCAGCAGAAGCAGACCCAGAUUGACGCCCAGAGUGUAGCCAUGAAGAGCAGCGCAGACGGUGUCAGUAGCCGCACCAGCCACCCGAGAGCUGCAGCUGCAGCGGCCAAUGCCGAGAUGGUGAAGCAGGCCAAAGACGAGGAAACGCCAUUGAGCGUCGUGUUUGCCAAGGCCGCGAGCGAGGCAGCAGCCAGCAAACCACCACAACCCGCCCCAGCUAAAGAGGAAGAAGGUUCGCUGGGCAUGCUCAUGGCGACAGCUUUGUCCAGGACUAGUGACAAGAAGCGGUCGGGUGAGAUGGCUACACCUCCCGCUAAGAGGUCUCGAGUGGUGGGUAGCAAGAAUCAGCAGCCGCAGCGAGGCAAGAAGCGGCGACAAGCGCCCGUGUUUGAAGCUGCUCCGAUCAUCACGGACCUGCCGCCGCUGCCGUUCACGACCUCAAGUCCCGAGCUCAAGCUGAAGAACAAGAGCAAGAACAAGGCCAAGAAUAAGAACAAGUUAGCCACAAAGCCCACCAAGGCGAAGCAUUCGGCGGAAGAGGGAGCAGGAGAUGACGCCCGCCACUGUGAGUUCUGCAGGAAGGCGGACAAUGUGUGCGUGCUGAUGCACUGCCACGCGUGUCGUCGGGUGUACCACGCCAAGUGCUUCUGGCACGCGUUCAAGCCGUACGUUGAUGCGAAGGUGCCGAUUCUGGACCAGCUGGAGGAACUGCAGCUCAAGGCGCCUGAGCGUCGCGGCAACAUCUUCCGGUGUGCGUCGUGUAGAGCUGCGUUUGUGGAUUUUUGCGAGAGCGGCGGUUAUCUCUGGGAGUGUGACUGUCCCACGUGCGCGCAGCCUGAGAAGGUGAUUUUCUACCGGCAGCGGAAGCUGGUGCAGAUGAUGAACGACAUGGAGCUAGAGAAGCAGCGCAAGAAGGACCAGAAGGACAAAAGCAAGAAGAGCGGCACUGCGAAGCCACCGCCGACUUCGACGCCUAGCCGCUCCAACUCGACGUCACGCAGCCGACGUACACGAGGAGGCAGCGCAGCGCUGGAUGAAGGAGUGCUUAACGCGCGGACAACACAGCCUCCAACGUCACGGGGAGUGUCACCUGAGAGUCUUGACGUGAAGAUGGAAGAAGACAACAAUGCCGAAGGUCAACAGCCCGUGAAGGUGAAGUACGAGCCUGUUGGAGAGCCCGAGCAGCCUGAUCUGAAAGGGGACGAGCUUGUUGGCGCAGUGCGCGUACACCACGAACCCAAGACUGAGCGCUGGUGCUUCCCGAUCGUGUGCUCUCGGACAACGAGUCUGCGCGUCUCGGGUAUGAUGAAGCUGGGGACGUGCAAGUGGUCGCUCAAGAAGAGUGCCGUCAUUCAGUGCGCGUGCUGCGAUAAGCUGUUCAGCUAUCCCGAGUUCGUGCACCACACCGACAGCAGCUUGGUCAAGGACGCGAAGUGUGCGACGGAAGACCCGAUGCCGUACUUGUUCGUCGAGCACCGGGACACUUCGCUCCACACACCACUCGACGAUUUCCUGCCCGCUCUUAGGAGUUGGGCUGGUCGUCAGAGCGCGAAUAACACGCCCACCAAGUCGCGCAGAGGGCACGCGGUGAGGCAGGAGGCGGCUGCAGCUGUCGCAAUCCCCACGAUGACCAUGACGAACCCGGAGGCCGCCGCGGAAGCGCUGCCAGCCACAGUAUCCAGACUCCGUGUGCUCGCGCUAUUCAAACGCCCCAAGCCUCGAAGUGACAAGACUUCAACUGCGGCGCGCUUGUCGGACCCGCCAACUCUGGACUUUUUGGCGCAGGUGGUGUGUCUGUCGCCCAAGUACGUGAUGAACAUGUCGAACGGGAGCCUAGUAGACCGCGUGGUGAGGUCGAACACUUCGGUCCCCGACGACUCGUUCCCGCGCAAGUCCGGAUGGUUGGCCUUCAAUCGGUCCGCGACCAUGACACGCCAAGUCACUUGCACCUGCUGUGAAAAAUGGUUCAAUUUCGACACAUUCGUCGAUCACGCUGGCAUUACGCUGACCGAUCCGAAGAAGAAGGCACGCCAUCUAAUGUAUGUCGUGGAGCGGACGGACGAGUCUGCGUUGGUGCCGUUCACCUCGUUCGCGACGGACUUGGAGACUGUCGCCAAAGCCAACGGGCUGGAUUCGAUCCUGGACGAGCUCCACCCGCCACCUCCAUCCCCUCGACCUAUAUAA